AUGUUUGCCCUUGCUAAUCAACGCGGUCCAGGCUCCUUCCACUAUGCUAAGGCUAUUGGAGAUGAAGUUGAAAGACCUGACGACACCAAUUCUGUGUAUCGGCUCGCCUCUGCCACCAAGUUCAUCACUACCAUUGCUGCAAUGCAGUGCGCCGAGAAGGGACAGUUAGACUUGAAUAGUGAUAUAGCAAAAGUGCUACCAGAUUUCAAGGAUCCACAGAUCUUGACGGGCUUUGAUGAAAAGAAUGAAGCUAUCUUCAAGCCCUCUGCAAAGCCUUUUACCCUUCGAGUUGCGGAGAACACACCAUCUUUCGCCGAUCGAACCAGCGCAGAGAAGUUUCCUCACCAAUUUCUUAUGUUCGAACCCGGUGAGCGGUGGGUAUAUUCUCCUGGCCUUGACUGGGCUGGCCUCGCUGUUGAGCGAGUCACCUCUAUGAAGCUUGGCGAGUAUAUGCAACGCUAUAUAUUUGACGUCGUUUCUGUGAAGGAUACCAAUUUCCAUCCAGAAAUGCGAGAAGAUCUGCAAGCUCAGAAUACUUUAGACGAUUUUGGAGGGGGUGGCUUAUUUGCGACUGUUAACGAUCUGCUCAAGAUCCACCAGGGCGUUCUGACAGCGAAGCUACUGCGGCCUGAGACUACCAAGGAGAUAUUCCAGCCUCAUCUAGAAAAUAUUGCAGGCCUCGAUAAACCAGAGGAGUACUCCUCGUCGUCCCGCAAUGCUUUCUGGAAUACCGUUCCAGAUGACGUCCCUGUUAACUUUGGGAUUGGAGGUCUGAUAAAUACAGCUGCGGUACCGAAAUGGCGUGGAGUAAAGUCGCUUACCUGGUCGGGUCAUGCAAAUUGCUACUGGUGGAUCGAUCUUACCAAUGAUAUCGCCAGCGUAUACCUUUCUCAGCUUUCACCUACCGGAGAUGAGAAAGCCAUCGAGCUCCUAACUGAGUUUGAGGAAUUCGUAUACUCGAUCUUGAAUAAGUCUUGAUAUUGAAACCAAAUGGGAAAUUACAUCUCGUAUUAAAAGUAAUACAGAUUAAUAUGUCAUUACAUAUCGGUAUUUCCCUUUUGAUCUAAUAUUAUAAUAUCCUUAUAUUCGAUCAUUUGUAUCAUCCAACAUUUCUAACAGCACUCUCA